CUACAUGCUGACCGGUACAUGUUGUCGUACCUCGUCGGCCUUCCUAUAUUACGUCGGAUAAAUCCGCCACUUCUUCCCACUACACCCAGCAUACACAACACGCGACGUCAACGCCAUCCCGCACUCCGGCCAAUUCCCUCGAUAUCAGGCGUCUACCUACCACGCUUGAGAAAUCUACCGACUCGCGUCGCCGACCUAUCUACCCGCCAUGGAUACCGCGGCCGCGGCCGCGGCCACGCCACCGCCCCGGGUCGUCUUUCGAGGCAAGAAGAGGAAGAUGUACAGGCAACGACCAGUGCCCGCCGUGAACGGUGUCAGCAAGGACGAGGUGUCGACAUCUUCCGCUCCGCCGCAACCGCAAGAUACCACCGCGCCGAUAGCAGACGCUCUCGAAAAGACUGCGCCGGAAACCAAAGCUGGGGUCUCCUCGCACGGAGAUGUGCAGCGGCAGCAACAGAGGCGGGGAGAGGAAGAAGAAGAAGAGGAGGAGGAGGAGGAGGAGGAGGGACUGUCGGUAGCCGAGGUUCUGCGGCUGCGAAACGCGCGGAAGUCGAGGCUCGGCGGCGUAAAGUUCGGCAGCGGCAAUCAUUCCUCUGCCAACGGCGAUGCCCUGGCGACCAUCAACGCUGCCGAGGAGGCCCUCGACGACCUAAGCCUGAUGAUACGUGAGGAGGAGAGCAAGGCCCAGGAGAUGUCGGUCGCCGUGGCCGGAGUGACGAACCGCUUCGCGCCACAGACGGGCCUGGUGACCGAGCUGGCGAAUAAGCAUAUGGAGGAAUAUAUAGAAGCCGAAUUGGCCAGGCGACACAACGCCACCGCGUCACUUCCUGCCAGCCGGCCUGCCGCUGGUUCCUCCACCUCGCACGACCGUCCGCCCUCGUCGGGCUGGGGUGACGACCGGACGAGCCAAGGAACCUUAGCGAUGGCAACCUCUUCGACCACGGCGAGGCCCCGGCCCGAGAAGCAGCGGAGCAGGGCCCUGCAGGGCCAGCUGAUGGAGAUCGACCUCGGCGACGAGGCGCGCAGCCGGAACGAGGCCCUGACGGCGCGCGCCACGCGCCGGCUGCAAGGCGAGGAGGUCGAGGAGGAGGAGGACCCGCAGGCUCGCCCCAAGAAGGUCCGGCUCGGCAAAGACGGCACGCCCUGGCGCCCGAGGAACAGGCGCGGCAGCGACGACAUCAGGAGGGACCAGAUCGUCGAGGAGAUCCUUAGAGAGAAUAGACUCGACGUCUACGAAACCCCAGCGGACCCGUCCGGCGCGGGCAGCGCGGCGGGGGCGGGGGCAGGGGGCGCGGCGGGCGCGGCGGACAGCUCGGGGGCGGGGGCGGGCGAGGGCGAGGAGGAAGAGGGGGCGGCGGACGACCGGAUCGCGGAGCAGUUCCGGCGGGAGUUCAUGGAGGCGAUGGCGCAGCGGCACCGGCGGCGGCGGCCGAUCGCGGCGCCGUCGGCCGGCUCGAAGCCGGGCGGCGGCAAGGGCGGCGCCGCCGGCGCGCGCGGCAAGGGCGGCAAGAAGGACGACGAGGUCCUCCGCGGCCCCAAGCUCGGCGGCAGCCGCAACGUCCGCGCCGCCAUGCGCAACAUCCUCCUCGAGAAGGCCAAGGAGGCCCGCAAGGCGGGCGCCGGCGUCGGCCGCUGAGGCGCCGCGGAAAGCGCGGCGGGACGGACGGGCGGGGCCGUGCCGUGCUGCGGGGUGCUGCUUGUACGGGGCGCGGAUGUUACUUCUCGUCUCUCGUUUAGCCGUUGCCCUGCCCCCGUGAGAGAGGGGAAGGGGGGGGGGGGCAAAGUAGAAGGUCUUCCCGAUCGUUCCUUGGCCUGCGUCUGCGCGCUGUCUCGUCCCCGCGUUCUCCGAUGGCGGUGGCCGCGGGGGGCGGCCGUAUUGCAUUCCGCAUGCGGGCGCGGGUUCACGGGUGGGGAGUAGUAUACUGGCAGACAGGGUAGGUAGGGCAGCUGGACUCGGGGCCGUUGGAGGAAAAGCGAACCCGGGCAACCGGGUCCGCGAGUUGGGUUGCCCGACCGGGGGGCG